AUGGACAUACGAAAGUGGCUAGACGAGACAGUGCAACCGGAAGCACCGCGCGAGCCCAAUAACCUUCAUCAGACCGCAGAGCCUGCUAAACGGAAGCGCCGCCGCAGAUCAGACAGCUCCCUCCUCGAUCCCCGUCCACUUGCAUCCUCUCCGCAUAAGCCAGCGGAGGAUAGUGCUGACGAGGCGCUCCAGGCGACAUGCAGCGACAGCUCUCGCAGCAGCCGAUAUGCGCGCAAACCUCGUAGAAAGACGCGUCCAGAGCGGUAUGAGCCACAGUAUGCGCCAGGUCCCCAUGCCCAUCACGAUCGUAAGGACAAAUCAAAGAAGUCGCGACGCAAGCCUCGACGCAAGAAGGGCGAGAAGGCACCUGGUGUUAUGCAGACCUUCCAGGCCACGAACAUAUCUGGAGAUCGGCUGACCUUGAAGCCACGGGAGCAGCUAGGCCUCUUCAACAAGGGACGGACAUCUACUGCAAUCAAGGGCCGCGGGUUGCCCGAUCUGGUCUUCUCGGAGAUGAAGUUCUUGCAGCAGCACAAAGACGAACCAGAGCCUGUCCCUCGAACCGACGCGUCCAAAAAGAAACGCAAGAAGGACAAUGAACAGAUGAAGGAGGGAGAGAUCUCCGCUUUCUUUACCUCAGCGCAACCGGCAUUAGCCGACAAGGACACAAAUACCCUACCGCAGCAUCCUGUACCAAAAGCUAAGCGGCGUCGUCGUGAUCAAUCCUCGGUAGAUGACAUUGCUAUACCUACUGUUGAGGCUACAGGCCAAGCCUCAUAUUUAGGGUCGCGGAGGAGACACACCGAGGAGACGCACCCAUCGUAUCCACAGUCGAACCUACGGCAGAGUACGAGAGACACUUAUCAUGCAGCUCAGCAGGGUCCCACUGUACGCUUCGCGGAUCAGUCUCAUUAUGGACCGGUGAUGCCCAAUUUUGCUGGCCCGAGCAUCUACGAACAACAAGCACAGCGUCAGCGAUCUCAUAUGCAACGGGAUCGCGAAGAAGAACCUCUCCAAAGUCCAUACCAUCUCGAACAGAAUAACCUGGACCAAGGAUAUCAAAUGGGAUACGAUGACGGGAUGGAGCAUGAUGACGAGAACUGGGAAGGGCUUUUAGAAGAGCCCCUGUCGUAUAGCCUUGAUGGUGAUUCUGACAUAUACGGCGGUAUCGAAGCACACCCCGGAAAUGGAAUUGAGCUGGUCCAGGAUUCGAGACCAGAAAACGACACGGUGGCUCCUGGGUUUUGGCGGCCGAAUAAGUUGUACUGA